AUGGCUGACGAGCCCUCAGUGGCACCACCCCAACACGGUUCUUCUUCUCCUUUACCCUCAGCUUCGCCCCUCGGCAACUCCGUGAUCCCGAUAGUGAACAAGCUGCAAGACAUCUUCGCCCAGCUCGGUUCCCAAUCCACUAUCGAGCUCCCUCAGGUCGCCGUCGUCGGCAGCCAGAGUAGCGGCAAAUCGAGCGUUCUCGAGGCCUUAGUCGGCCGUGACUUCUUGCCGCGUGGUUCCGAAAUUUGCACGCGCCGACCACUCGUGCUCCAGCUCUUGCAGACUAAGCGCAACCCCGACGGCACUGACGAGGAGUAUGGCGAGUUCCUGCACGUUCCUGGGAGGCGCUUCCACGAUUUCUCCGAGAUUCGGAGGGAAAUUCAGCUGGAGACAGAGAGAGAAGCAGGGGGGAAUAAAGGCGUCACAGACAAGCAGAUACGUUUAAAGAUUUUUUCACCUAAUGUUCUUGAUAUCACUCUGGUAGAUUUACCUGGUAUAACCAAGGUUCCUGUUGGUGACCAACCCUCUGAUAUAGAAGCACGAAUCAGGACUAUGAUCAUGUCUUACAUCAAAGUUCCGAGCUGCUUAAUUCUUGCUGUUACAGCGGCAAAUUCUGACUUAGCAAACUCAGAUGCUCUUCAGAUUGCAGGAAAUGCUGAUCCUGAUGGUCUGCGAACCAUUGGAGUAAUCACAAAGUUGGAUAUAAUGGAUAGAGGUACUGAUGCUCGUAAUCUUUUGCUUGGAAAAGUGAUUCCCUUGCGACUUGGUUAUAUAGGUGUUGUGAAUCGUAGUCAGGAGGAUAUUACGAUGAACCGGAGUAUUAAGGAUGCACUUGUGGCCGAGGAAAAGUUUUUCCGCAGCCGGCCAGUAUAUAAUGGUCUAGCUGAUCGCUGUGGCAUCCCUCAGUUGGCAAAGAAGUUGAACCAGAUUCUGGUGCAACAUAUUAAGGCAGUACUUCCGGGGCUCAAAUCACGCAUAAGCUCUGCACUAGUUUCUGUUGCCAAGGAGCACGCCAGUUAUGGAGAAAUCACAGAAUCAAAGGCGGGCCAGGGGGCUCUUCUCCUCAACAUUCUUUCAAAGUACUCUGAAGCAUUUUCUACAAUGGUUGAGGGGAAAAAUGAAGAAAUGUCAACAUCUGAGCUUUCUGGUGGAGCGCGAAUUCACUAUAUUUUUCAAAAUAUCUUUGUGAAAAGUUUAGAGGAGGUGGAUCCGUGCGAGGACCUUACAGAUGAUGACAUUCGAACCGCCAUUCAAAAUGCCACUGGUCCUAAAUCUGCGUUGUUUGUACCAGAAGUGCCUUUUGAAAAUCUUGUCAGGAGACAAAUAGCUCGUUUGUUAGAUCCAAGCCUUCAGUGUGCCAGGUUCAUAUAUGACGAGUUGAUGAAGAUUAGCCAUCGCUGCCUAGUAAAUGAAUUGCAGCGAUUCCCUGUUCUGAGAAAGCGGAUGGAUGAAGUCAUAGGGAACUUCUUGCGAGAAGGCCUUGAACCCUCUGAGACAAUGAUUGGACACAUUAUUGAGAUGGAGAUGGACUACAUAAAUACUUCACACGCAAAUUUUAUUGGUGGAAGUAAGGCUGUUGAGAAUGCAUUGCAACAGGUGAAGUCCUCUCGGAUACCCCUGCCUCUUUCCAGGCAAAAGGAUGGUGUAGAUUCUGAUAAAGCACCACCAUCUGAAAGAAGUUUGAAAUCUAGAGCAAUUCUUGCCAGACAAGUAAAUGGAAUUGUGCCUCCUGACCAGGGUGUCCGACCUGUGGUAGACAGUGAAAAAGUUGCAUCUUCCGGGAAUAUAUUAGGAGGCGCAACUGGUUCAAGUUGGGGGAUUUCAUCAAUUUUUGGUGGGAGUGAUAACCGCACACCUGCUAAAGAGAAUUUAAUAAACAAGUCAUAUAACGAACCUAUUCACAACGUUGAACAAGCUGUCUCCAUGAUCCAUUUAAGAGAGCCCCCAACUAUCUUGCGGCCCACAGAGAACCACUCAGAGCAGGAGACAAUUGAAAUUGCAGUCACAAAACUCCUAUUAAGAUCAUACUAUGACAUUGUUAGGAAGAACAUAGAGGAUUCUGUUCCAAAAGCAAUAAUGCACUUCCUGGUAAAUCAUACAAAGCGCGAGCUGCACAACGUCUUCAUUAAAAAGCUUUACCGAGAGAACCUGUUUGAAGAGAUGCUGCAGGAACCUGAUGAAGUGGCAAUGAAAAGAAAGCGCACCCGGGAAACCCUCCGAGUUCUGCAACAGGCUUUCCGGACAUUGGAUGAACUGCCUUUGGAAGCAGAAACAGUGGAAAAGGGUUACAGUUUGGGUGCCGAUCCAACGGGGUUGCCAAAGAUCCAUGGAUUACCAACAUCGUCGAUGUAUAAUACAAGCAGUUCAAAUGAUUCCUACUCAGCUUCACCUAAGAAUCCAAAGCCCAGAAAGUCAUCUCACUCUGGGGAGCUUCACUCACCAUUUUACGCUAAUGCAGAUUCUAAUGGAAGCGGACGCAUGUACAUGCCUGGUCUCUAUCCAUCGGUUGAUUAA